AUGCGGCUAAAGAAAUGCAUCCCAGGAGCAAGAGACGCGGCGAAAUGGGCAGGAAAGGUGGCGUGGGCGAGGCGUCAGCGAGACUUACCACAAGAGGAGCAACCAAGCUACCGUAGCGAUUACGACGGUGUCAAGAGAUGCUCGAUGCUAUUAUCGACGCUCAUAAGCCUCCUGGAUAGGCAGCGGGACAUCAUACUGCUACCUCUUGGUCGUUCUGUGCCCGUUGGCAGGUGCGCGUGA